GAGGAGGAGGGAGGAGGAAGGAGGAAGGAGAAGAGGGGGUCAGACUGUAAUAAGCAUCACGACGAGGCAGGCUCGCUGUGUUCCAUUCGUCCGUACUUGGUCCGCUUACGUCGUCCGUUUAGCAGUCGACUGGCUCGCCAGCUUUUCGUCGCGAGUGAAACAUUCGCUUUAGCCCCAGCGGAGUCGUGCCAUUUUGAUCGUUGUUGUUGUUUUUGCGGAGGAGAAAAGUUUUGAAAUGAGGAGUCAACAGCAGCUAAGUCGACGGCGACCAACGAAGAAGACGCGCUGAUCACGUACGAGUCGUAGUUGAAGUUAGCUGUGUUACGACUAAAGUAUGGCUCAGGUGGUGGAAUUUAAAAGGGGGCUGUCACGAUAGGCCAGCUCGCCAGUUUGCUAAACAAAAGAGGCUGCCGCUAAAUCAAAGAUAUUCGGCUCACACCACCUCCAUUAGUACCUAUCCUGAGCGAGGCACGGCUGUUAGUCGUGAGGUUCGCAGGUGUCUUUUGAACAAAAUGGCAGAGUACAGAAGCGUGCUAACAAAGCGACGCUUUGUAGCGGGAUAGGGCCAAGGCAGCCCCAGCCAGGCUGCACCGCAAAAGGGGUUGUUCACGCCGAGCCUAACACGGGUUGGUAGGGUCGGGGGGCUACAUUUUACUGUAGAAAAAAGAGACAGGGGGGUGAAGACCCAGCAAGCCUGAUGACACUGGACAACAUGAAGCCCGAGAGAGAUGCGACAGAGGAGUUUUUUGAGUAUGACGCAGAGGAGUUCCUGGCCUUCCUGACCCUGCUCAUCACAGAGGGACGGACGCCGGAAUAUUCGGUGAAGGGCAGGACCGAGGGGCUGCACUGUCCGCCCGCCCAGUCGGCCAUGCCGCCUCUUCACAAGCACGAAUGCAGCGAUAAACUACCACAGUGUCAGCAGGCACGGCGGACCCGUUCGGAGGUGAUCCUGCUCUGGAGGAACAGCAUCCCCAUCAUGAUCGAGGUCAUGCUCCUGCCCGACUGUUGCUAUGGAGAUGAGUGCACACCGAGCGACCCCAUCAGCGACCCGGUCAUCAAACAAGAUGCGCUGCUGCUGGAGAGAUGGACUUUGCAGCCACUUCCAAGGCAAAGUGGUGACCGUUUCAUUGAGGAGAAGACUCUGCUGUUGGCCGUGCGCUCCUACGUUUUCUUCUCGCAGCUCAGCGCCUGGCUCAGUGCCUCCCACGGCCUCGUCCCCAGAAACAUCCUCUACAGAAUCAGUGCUGCCAAUGAGGACUUGGUGUGGCAGUUUUCACAGCCGCCAUCCGAACACAUUUUCCCCAUCCCCAACGUCUCCCAGAGUGUUGCGCUGCAAGUCCGCGUCCAGUCGCUUCCCCGUCAGCCCACCUAUCCCACCUUGGCGUGCAGCAUCCACACCGGCCUGCCCCCGCUCUACAACAAGACUCCCAGCCUCAACCCGAACCUCAACAGCCACGGUGGUCUGCCCACCUUCCGAAAAAGCCAGGAACCCAGCAAAGAGAACCUCCACCACAACUCCAACAUAUACAACAAGAGCUCCAGCUCCACGACGGGCCUCCCGCUCAACGGAAUGCCCAUCCCCAAUCUUCCCAUUAACAAUAUUCCCAUCAACAGCCUUCCGCACACAGCCACGGCGCCCCCCUACAGCAAAAAGACACAGGAGCCGAGUGAAAACCACACGUAUCAGAAUGGAGAGCUUCCGCAGGUCAACGUCCCCCAAAGUCAGGACUCCCCACUGUUCCGCCGAUCCUCUCGCUCGCCCACACCCUCGCGCUCCCAUUCUCCCUCUGGGCUCUCGGGAAAGUGGCUUUACCCGCCCCUCAAUGGUUCAUCGGACCCACCGCUUUUGGAAGAUUAUGGAUGCAACACCAACAGCAGCGACAGGUCAAAAGCGCCCCUGCCCGAGCCGCUCCGAGCCUUCAAGAGUUUCUCAUUGGCUGAGCCUGCCCGCUGCCCCUCGCCGCGGCCCGCAGCGAAUGAAACCAAUCCCCUCAUCGGCUCACUGUUACAGGAGAGACAGGAAGUUAUAGCCCGCAUCGCACAGAGGCUCAACUUCUGCGACCCCACAGCACCACCGCUUCCCCCAGCCCUUUUUGCCAUGGACAACCCUCCCAAAGCCACGUGGGGCAGUAGCCAUGACGACAUAGCCACCAGUAAGACCAAAGAGCCAGAGGUACCGCCCUAUGAAUGUGUGGGACAUGCUUGGCCAAACCCCUUCCACACACCAUCCACCAGCACAUCUUUCCACAAGCGGGAGACCUCCUCCCCGAAACCAACUGCCUGCAGGAAGCUGAGGCUGACUGAGAUGAGAGAUGAGAGUACAGAGAGGGAGAGGGAGAAAAGCGUCGAGAAGGAGCGAGAGGGCUCACACAUCGCUCAGGCAGUGCACGACAUUACUCGACUCAUCCAGGAAAGACUCUCCGUCCCCUCGCUGUCCCCCACCCACAGCAGGUGUGGCAGUCCUUUGCACCACACACACACAACAACGGUCACGCACACGAUACGCACGUAUUCGCACCACCCUGCACAUGUCCCACACACCUCGCAUGAUGGAUACACGAAUGGCCACAACCAAGAACCUGACAGGGGCCCACACGCCGCUGCCCCACAUAUGCCUCUUUGCACAAACAAACCCCGGCUCGACCCAGGGACCGAUUGCCAUUCUCCUCGGGCCCAAAAUGGUGCCCACUUUACACUUGAAGAACCUUCACUCAGAGGCCAGCUGCAAGCUCGUCCACGUUUACAAAGUCCCAGACAAGAAAAGCUCACAGUCCAUACAACCAGCAGUCAUAUUUUCCCUCCAUCCCUCGAGAACGGGUCUAGAAUUGCCCUGUCCUCCAACCAAUCUUGCAAAGAAUCCACAUUCAGCUGUAAUGCAGUCCAAAACCACAGCAAGCCUCAGUCACCCACACGGGCUGAUGCUUCAACCCAAGAUGAGAACCAAAAACGUAGACAGUCUCCAGACCUGACCCCCCGUACUACUGUCCUGCAAACCCACGGACCCUCUCCCCUGGGGCCCUGCAACGGCUGGAGGAAGCAGAAUCGCCACUCGUUAGAUGCCACGGCGACCAAGGCCUUCCACCCCUGCACGGGUCUGCCCCUGCUCUCAAGCCCUGUUCCCCAAAGGAAAAACCAAUCUGGCUACUUUGACCUGGACACAUCUCUAGUUGGCUGUAAGGGUUUGCCUUGGGCCUCUGGAAAAAGGGUGUGCCCUAAGGGUGACGAGUACACAGAUGAUGCUCGGCAGCUGUUCAGUGCAAGUGCUCCGUCUGCAAGUCUCAGUCUACUUGGCAACUUUGAGGAGUGUGUGUUAAACUACCGCCUGGAGCCUUUAGGAUCAGUGGAUGGCUUUACGGCCGAAGUAGGUGCUAGCGGGUCCUUCUGCCCCAGUCACCUCACUUUACCCGUGGACGUGUCAUUCUACAGCGUCUCCGAUGACAACGCCCCAUCACCUUAUAUGGGUGUGAUCAAUCUGGAGUCGCUGGGGAAAAGGGGCUAUCGAGUACCUCCAUCAGGAACCAUUCAAGUGACCUUAUUCAACCCGAACAAGACGGUGGUGAAGAUGUUUGUGGUGAUGUACGACCUACGAACCAUGCCAGCAGGACACCAGACCUUCCUGCGCCAGAGGACGUUCUCUGUCCCUGUCAGGCGGGACUCGAACCAUCAGAUCAACAGGAAGCCUCACACUUUGGGCCAGGCACGCACUCUGCGCUACCUUGUUCAUCUAAGAUUCCAGAGCUCAAAGUCUGGGAAGAUCUACCUCCACAGGGACAUCCGUCUGCUGUUUUCUAGGAAAUCCAUGGAGGUGGACAGCGGUGCUGCCUACGAACUACAGUCAUUUACUGAAUCCCCCAUCGACCCACCGUUCUCGCCUCGCUGCUGACGCUGGACUUACUCCCUCAUACCCCCCCCCCCUUUCUCCACCUGGCAGGCCAUAGCCGCACCUCCAUGCCAGCCAUGAGUCAUUGUAUCAGCCUGUUAUUUGUAUUGGAUGAGAGAUUGAAGGACAGCAGAUGAUGGAGUGCACCCCCAUCUGGGACGCUUGUUAAAAGGAAAUUCUCUGUUGACGUGCAUGAACUUUGUUGUGACUGACAGCUGGAGUGUGCAGGGUUUUGAGGUCCUGCUAGAAAAUGCCUUAAAAUAUUUAAAAGGUAAUCCUUGAUGUUUGUGUAUCCCCCCCCCCCCCCCGCCUCCUGCGUCUGGCAGGAGAGUCGAGACCAAUGAUUGUCCACAGGACCAGUUGGACUCAAUAAUUCUGCACAGUCUGUGCAACAGUCCCUAAACAAGAUUGUUGAUUUGGACCUCAUUGUGACAUAACGAAUUCAUGUUGAAUCUCAGUUACUUGACAAAUGCAAUACCUUUUGAAUGGGGGGGGGGGGGGGGGUAGCUUGUUGACUUGCAGACAAAAAAGACUAAUUUCGACUCAAUAGCCCCUUUUACACUGCCUGGUUCCAACGGCAUUUUGCUGCCUUUAAUUGGAUUUUUUUAUAUAAAAAAAAAAAGACGUUGGAUGCGGAAAUUUUGCUGGCUCUCUGUGUAAAAGAUGCGGAAAUGUUGCUGGAUCUCUGUGUAAAAGAGGCUAAUGAUUCCCGAAGUUGGAGCAGCACCUGUGUCGCCGAAUGAGAAGAAAUUGGCUGCAGUGGACCACCUUGCUGUCAUCCACCCCAUCCCCUCAACAAACAAAAGGACCACCGAAGACAUCAACCAUGCAAUCACACAGAGUUAAAGUGGACCCCCCCCCCCCCCCCCCCCCGUCCAAACUGGAAAAGAAAGCGAAAAAUUAUUGUCAGAUUUCUUUUUGUACUGUUACAAAAACCACUUUGUUGGAAGUGUUGCAAUAGAGAAAGAAUAACCUUACUUUUAAGUGUUUACUUUCAGUUUACCUAACCAUCCUGUUUAUUUAAUAUUUAAAUUAAUAUUUCCGUUUCUAUUUGUGAUGUCUGUCAUGCCAAGAUGACUUAGUGUAAACUGUAUAUCAUAGUAUUUUUGACAUUAAUAUUCAAAUCUGAAAAUAUAUCUAUCUUCUAAAGCCAUCUUUAAAUCUG